UUGCAACGUGAAAGCCUCUUAGUAAUUACAUUUUUUGUUAGUAAACCAAAAGGCUCUCCAAAACCAAGGAAUACAGUAUCCCCUCGCCCCGCCCCCCAAUUGCUCAACUUCUACCUAGCAACAGAUUGUCGGACCUCGCCUUUUAGCUAGAUCAUUGGCCAACUUGAAUUGUCAUCUGCAGUUGUGAUUGGUCAUCCGUGAUCAUCGGAUUUUUCCAAUUGGCGAAAUUGUCAGGGGAUUUUUUUUUUUUUGCCCCCUCCCCGCGUGUAGGUCCGUAGGGGAGGUGGGAAAGAUUGGGUCUUUUCUGUGGGAUUACUUUUCUGGGUCCGCUUCUGAUUGGGCGGCGUGGUGCAAUGCGCGCGACCUUUUAGACAACAAACUGUCAAGAGACCGGACCCCGUCCUCCGGAUUCUCCCAUUCGUAAUCCAAAAUCCAGGGGGAUACUUCCGGGCUUGGGCAUGAGGGCUGGCCUUGGGCCUUGGAGAAUUUGCAGCUGAGCUGCUUUGCCACCAGGCCAAUCGUGGCCUUUGGGCACGGACCACGUUCACUUUGGUCUCCUAGGUCCUGGCACAGACCUCAAAGAAUGCUAGUUGAAUACGUGCGCAUAAAAAGCUGGGACGGAGGCAAACCGUCUAAACUUCUCUUAGCAGUUGUCCCCGCCUACUUUUCCACUUCCAGGUCAGGGAGGUGUGUCCAAAAGAAAGAAAGAAGGAAGCAAAUUCCACCGGCAUUUGCACGCCUGCCUCAAUUUCUUACUGCGACCUUUGCUUCUUCCGGGUCUCCUGCAGAAUCGCCUCUUUAGAAACUCACUUAAUCUCUGGCUUUCCCAUUCUCACAGUCUCACAGAUUAGUUUCUUGCACCACUGGAGGUUAAAAAAUACUGCAUAGAGGAAAGGAAGGGGCUGUGGUAGAAACAAGCAAAGCUCAUUCCCUGCAGGGCCUCCUGGAAAAGGGUAAUUGCCUGCCUUAGGUCGACUACCAAAAUCAGUAUUUCUGCUCCCACCCCCAGAGCUUCAGUUGCUCUUUCGCUUCGUAAUUCCGCAAUAGCAAUGGGCGACAGAAUUAUGGAGAAGCGCCUGCAGGAGGCUCAGCUGUACAAGGAGAAAGGGAACCAGCGUUACCGAGAAGGGAAGUACCGAGAUGCUGUGAGUAGGUACCAUCGAGCUCUGCUUCAGCUGCGGGGUCUGGAUCCAAGUCUGCCCUCCCCGAUACCUAAUCUAGGACCUCAGGGCCCGGCUCUCACACCCGAACAAGAAAACAUACUGCACAGCACCCAGAGAGACUGCUACAACAAUCUAGCUGCCUGUCUCCUUCAGAUGGAGCCAGUAAACUACGAGCGGGUGAAAGAGUACAGUCAGAAAGUCCUGGAGCGACAGCCUGAUAAUGCCAAGGCCUUGUAUCGGGCCGGAGUGGCCUUUUUCCACCUGCAGGACUAUGACCAAGCUCGGCAGUACCUCCUGGCUGCUGUCAAUAGGCAGCCAAAAGAUGCCAACGUCCGGCGGUACCUCCAGCUGACACAGUCAGAACUCAAUAGCUAUCACCGCAAAGAGAAGCAGCUCUACAUGGGCAUGUUUGGUUAACAGAGAAGAGUGAUGCUUCUCCACUUGAACUUAGGCGAACUGUUAAAGACCAGUCAAGUGAAACCUGAGCUUCACAUACCUCUGACCCAGGUGGAUUUCUGUCUCGUUUCUACUUCUGCACAAACUCUUAACUGCUUACAUAGUCUGCCUCUUUUUGUUUGUCUCUCUGUAUGUUUGUGGAGCUUUUACUACAUAGUAUUCUUGGGGACAUUGGCCCUGAGAAAGACAACCAGGAAACAUUCAUCAGCCAUGGGCGGCAUUAGUCACAUCUACAGCACAGAUUUUAAUGAUUGGUGUUGCUAGACGUGUUCGUACACGGAGGAGAUGUAUUGCUGGCAGAGGAGGCAAUGACGAUAGGCAGGAAAGAGCUUCUUCCUGUUUCGUCAGAUGUCUUAAGCUAAAGUUAUACAGGCCAAAAUGGGCAGGGCGUAUCUUUUGUGAAAUUAGACAAUGGUAAAUUAGGCCCGUAUGUGUUAAAAUGAAAGACCGGAAAUUAACCAAGUAAAGUAAUUCCUUAUUCUUCUUAACAUUUUGUACAUACUGAUUUUUUUCCCCUACAAAAGUAUCUGAUUGCUAUUGUUUCUCUUGGUAAUUUCUGGUCGUUGCUAUUUAUAUUGAGCUCGUUAAUGUAGUAGACUUAUUUAAUUUUUCAUUACACUCUUUUAAGAUAUCUGGAGUCAAGCAUUUAAGUAUUUAUUUAAUAACCCUUAAGCCCUCAUGCUAUGAAAAGACCCAAGUAAACAUUUUAAUUUUUAAUAAGUGCAUGUAGUAUGCUUGUUUGUCUAAGAUGUUUAGGAAAGGCAGAUUGCUAAGCCUUCUAGAAAGAAUACCGUAAAGUAGCAGAGUAAAAACAUAAAUCUGUUCUCUGCCUGUCGCCUUGCAUUUUGCCAGAGCUCAAUUCUUUUACAGAGGAGACAGACCAUGAGGCAGCGUUCUCCUUUCUUAGUGCCUUUCAAGCAGUUUGCAAAACUUUCUGGAAGCUACAAUCUGAGGCAGAUGUGGCUCAGCAGGAGGCUCCAUCCACCAGGAGCUCCUUGGUCAUUCCGCUCACUUGCCAGGUACACUGUCCGCAGUGAGUGAGUGCUACAGAGUGGACGGGACCGCACAGCACUGCCUCUGCCUCUGCCUCUGCCUCUGCCUGGAGGUAAUGAUAAGGAUGUAUCAUUGGCCAUCAUACAACCACAGACAGUUUUCAGAAAGAAAAACCGUAGUGUUGCCAAAUGUACAUGAGUUCUGCUCUCUUUACCAGUAACGCCUCGUCUCCCAAUGAACUAGGCUCCUUUGCGUCUCCCCGUACCCUUGUACAACACAGCCACCAGCUUUACCACAAAAGUUUUCUAGUAAUUGUGAAGAAGUGCAAGGACAGAAUUAACAAAAGUAGAAUAUUUUAUUCCUCUUCCAAGCCUCUUAAAUUUCUAAAUCUAGAUUGUUGAUAAAACUUUGUCGUGAUUGCAUUGUUUAGGGCUUGUUUUGCUUUUCCAUUUUAUCUGUGUGUGUGCGUGUGUGUGCGUGUGUGUGUGUGUGUGUGUGUUUUCAAGACAGUGUUACAGGGACCUAUUUUCUGCAUCAAUGAGGAAAAAUAAAACUGAUAUUUAAAAAUGGA